UCACUACUUCAACACUUUGAAAGAGCCCCAUGCACCUGAAGCGACUUUCCCUUGAAAACCUUUUGUUCCUCGCAUACCAAAUACCAAAAUACACAUAGAUAUAUUACAUCGUCCCUUGUAACUAUUUUUGUACCCACCUCUCAUAUCAGUGUUCAUUUGAUUCUUUCAUCUCUAUAAUUCUCGCCCCCAAUUUUGAAAUUAGGUUGCGAUUAUGCAAUACCCUAAUUGUUUGAAUUCCCACUUCUAUUUCGUUAAGAAAUUUUGGUCUAUUAUCUGAGGGGUAAUUUGGGAAUUUAGAAAAUGUCAACGAUGCAAGGUGGUAAAUUGAUGGAGUUUGGGGGUGGGAGAAGGGUUAAGAGAGAGUGGCAGGACAUUCAAACUGAACUGUUGAUGAAGAUCGUGUCUUUGUUGGAUGAUCGGACGGUGAUCGUUGCAUCAGGAGUUUGUAGUGGAUGGAGAAAUGCUAUUUGCAGUGAACUUACUCAUCUUUCACUCUCUUGUUGUAUUAUCGUUUCCUAUUAUGUCGUCUCGGUUGCAUUUAUGAACUUUGGCCCUCAUGUAAGGUGCACAAACAACAUGAACAACUUGGUGCUUUCUAUUGUUCCAAACUUCACAAAUCUAAGGGUUUUGACCUUUCGGAAAAAGGGUGAACAACCGCUGCUUGAUGAUAAAUCAGUCGAGACCAUUGCUAAUAACUGUCAUGAAUUAGAGGAUCUUGACCUCAGCAUGAACUCUAGACUUGGUGAUCGGUCCCUUUAUGCUUUGGCCCGUGGUUGUCCCAACCUAACUAACCUUAAUAUCAGUUGCUGCUCAGCUUUUAGUGAGCAUGGUCUUGACUUUCUUAGUCGUUACUGUAGAAAGUUGAAGAUGUUGAACCUUUUUGGGUGUUAUAAAGCGGCGACCAAUAAGGCCCUGAAGGCUAUUGGAGACAACUGUCGACAACUUGAGUCGAUAAAUCUUGGUCGGUGCUAUGAAGUUGGAGAUGCUGGAGUGAAGAAUUUAGCUUAUGGGUGUCCUCAUCUCAGUGUUAUUGACUUGUCUGAGUGUUUCUUUAUAACAGAUGAGAGUGUGAUAGCUUUGGCAAACAAUUGCUUGCAUCUGAGGUCUCUUAAUCUAUACUACUGUAUAAGAAUCACAGAUCGGGCAAUGUAUGCUUUGGCCCAUAGCCGAGUAAAAAACAAAGAUGAAAUAUUAUGGGAAUCAGUUAAAAGUCAAUACGAGGAAGAAGGUCUCAUGAACCUCAACAUCAGUCAAUGCAAGGAUCUAACACCACCUGCUGUUCAUGCAAUCUGUGAUUCGUUUCCCGCACUUCAUACGUGCCAAGGUACUCUCAACAUGCAUGGCUGCUUGAAGUUAACCUCAGUCCACUGCGCAUGUGCCUCUCAACUGCAUCAUGCCAUUCACCCCGCUUAGUCUGAUCGAUGGGCGGUUGGUUUAAAAAGUGCAAGAUGCUGGAACAAAAUAGGUCACAUAAGUUGAGGCGUGAAGCACGCGCAUUACAUACGCGAGACGUUGCUCUAUAUAGAAUCAAAUAACUAAUAAAGCUAUAUGUACAAACAAAAAAAUCUAGUGUUUUACAUAUCUAACACUUUAUCAAGUA